AGCUCUUUUUCAGAGUUCCCAAACCUAAAAUUGAAAUAACAAAAUCCAAAAAAAGAAAACUCAGUAUAACAAACAGAUAUUGUAAGUGGUUUACUUCGUUUCCUUAAUUUACUUCUUUCCUGUUCUUCGCUUUUAUUCGUGCUAUUUUCUUCCUUUACAUAUUAGGCAUUUCUUUCCGCACGCGUCGAGUUUCAUCUCAGCGAAGCAGUUUUCACCCGCAUCACCAUGGCGUUCUCUGGUCCGAAUCCCUCCAUCUGGGUCGGUGGCCUCGACCCCGAGCUCAACGAGCAGAAGCUGUACGACUAUUUUGUCCGCAUCGGUCCCGUCGCGUCGGUGCGCGUGUGCGUCGACUCCGCCACGCAGAAGUCGCUCGGCUACGGCUACGUGAACUUCCAGGACCCCGCCGACGCCGAGAAGGCUCUUGACCAGGCUGGCUCCAAGCUGGGCUCCCGCUUCCUGCGCAUCGCCAAAAUUCAACGGGACCCCUCGAAGCGCCGCUCCGGUGUCAACAACAUCCUCGUUAAGAAGCUGCCGAAGAGCGUCGACACGUUUGCCCUCAAGGAAAUGUUCGGCAAGUUUGGCCGUCUCACCGCAAUUGGGUUGGCCUGCGACGAGAAGGGCGAGUCCCGCGGCUAUGCCCGCAUCUCCUUCGAGCGCGAGGACGCCGCCGUGCAGGCAGUGACCGAGCUGGACGGGAUGGAGAUGGACGGGCAGGCGAUCGUGGUGGAGCGCUACCAGGCGCAGCACCGCGACGAGCUGCUGAAGCAGUUCACGAAUCUGUACGUCAAGAACCUCGACCCCGCCGUCACGGACGAUAAGCUGCGCGCCUUCUUUGCCAAGUUCGGCGAGGUCAGCUCCGCCAAGGUGCGCGACCUCGGCGAUGUGCAGAGCGAGGUCGGGCUCGGCUACGUCGCGUUUGCGCAGCACGAGGACGCCGCCAAGGCCGUGGAGGAGCUCAACGGCAAGGAGUGCGAGAUCGCCAAGGCGGGCACACCGCUCGAUGUCAGCCGCUUCCGCUCCCGCGAGGAGCGCCAGCGCGACCGGGAGCGCCAGCGCCGCGAGCGGGCCCAGCAGCACAGCAAGUACCCGAACCUGUACGUGAAAGGCUUCGACGACACCGUCACGAGCGAGCGCCUGGAGGAGCUGUUCCAGCGCUACGGCGAGACCGUCUCCGUGACCGUCAUGACCGACAAGGACACCGGCAUGUCGCGCUGCUUCGGCUUUGUGUCCAUGAAGGACCAGAAUGCCGCCUCGCAGGCCAUCCAGGAGCUCAAUGGCAGCACUUUCCUCAGCCCCCGCCCGCUCUUCGUAACGUACGCCCUGCGCAAGGACGCCCGCCGCCAGAACCUGGAGGAGCGCAGCAAGCAGUUCCGCAUGCGCCAGAACCCGAUGAACGGUCCUGGCAUGGGCGGCGUGCCUCCGAUGGGCUUCAUGGGCCCCCAGAUGUUCAACAACGUCAACAUGCCCUUCAUGAACCCGCGCAUGCCGAUGAUGCCGAUGAACGGCAUGGGCUCCGUGAACGGUAUGGGUGGAGGCAUGAACCGGCCGAUGGCGCCCAACGCGAUGAGCCAGAUGCGCUCUCGCCCGAUGCCGCAGAAGCCGCCGAUGCAGUCUCUCAUGCCCCCGCAGCACCAGCAGGUCCCGCAGCAGGGCCAGAACCUCGCUGCCGUCCUCGCGAACCUGAACCCCGAGCAGCAGAAGAACGUGCUGGGCGAGCGCCUUUACAGCUACAUCGUGCGCAACCACCCCUCCGUCGCCGCCAAAAUCACCGGUAUGCUGCUUGAGAUGGACAACACGGAGAUCUUGAACAUGCUGGACUCCCCUGCCGUGCUGGAUAGCAAGAUCGCCGAGGCGCAGGAUGUGCUGAACCGCCACAUGAGCGUUUAA